AUUUAACUAGAGCAAAGAAUAAAAAGUAACACGUUGAGCUCUGAAUCGGUCGCGUGUUAAUGACGUCAUCAACCCAACAACGCUUGCACGUUGAGGCGCACGUUUCUGUUUUGAUCCAGAACCAAUGUGAUACCUUUAAAACCUGAAAUGUGUUAUUGCUUUUAUUAUUAUUAUUAUUGAUACACAAGUUCUCAUGAAUGCACUUUAUGAUAAUUGUUUUUAACACUCUGUUUAUUUUGGACAUUUACGGAACCUUAAGUUUGCUAAAGUAGAAUCCUGCGAUGAAGAUCAUGAAGAAACCAAACAUUCUCCUCACAGGAACCCCGGGUGUCGGGAAGACGACACUUGGGAAGGAACUGGCUCAGAAAACCGGGCUGACGUACAUCAACAUUGGAGAGCUAGCAAAGGAAGGUCAGCUGUUCGAUGGCUUUGAUGACGAAUACCAGUGCCCCAUUCUGGAUGAAGACAGGGUUGUGGAUGAACUGGAGGACAAGAUGACAGAUGGAGGUGUGAUUGUAGACUACCAUGGCUGUGACUUCUUCCCAGAGCGCUGGUUUCACAUCGUAUUUGUCCUUCGUACGGAUAACACCAACCUCUAUAACCGACUUGAGAGCAGGGGCUACACAGGCAAGAAGCUUCAGGACAACGUUCAGUGCGAGAUCUUCCAGACUAUCUACGAGGAGGCCAUGGAGGCAUAUAAAGAGGAGAUCGUGCAUCAGCUGCCUAGCAACGACCCUGAUGACCUGGAGAGGAACCUGGAGCAGAUCUCGCAGUGGAUCGAGCAGUGGAUGAAGGACAAUAACUGACGCAUAAACAUUUAUACAUACAGAUGGAACACACGUGCACCUUCACGUAACUAAUACAGAAUUAUUCCAAAAGAUUACAAAAGACGUCAUGGAAAAGGAGGAAGAAAAACACUGAAACUAAAAGCUGAGACAAACCAUUCUGUUUGGGAAAUAAAUGAGUUUGCGACGUAUAAAUAAGGGUUCUGGUCUUAGAGGAACACUGUGUAUGGUUCUCUAUAGAAAUGUCAAGGCCUCCCUUCUUGAAAGACAUGCUGGAGAACCUAAUAGGGUUCUAGAUUGUGUGUACGCAGUUUUACAAAUUUAUCGACAAAAUAAAUCAAUUCCAAGAAAAAAUACAAAGUGUGUAUCCUGCGAUAUUACAAUUAACAGGAUCCAAACACUAUUCUGAGGAUAUACAUGAAUGCUGAUUACAUUUAUGACAUUCAAAUACAGACUUUUUUUUUCAAUUCAGAUCUUGAUUCCCCCCCAAUUUCAGCCUUUGUGUUGGUUGUGAAAUUGAAGUACUAGUUACAAAAACUAACAGCGGAAUGUUUCAAGAUCAAUUACUAGGUGUACAAACUUUUGCACUCUACAGUAUAAUUCUUCCUUUGCAUUUUGAAUUGAAAUGCUGUAACAGUCGUAGCUGUUUUGUUGUUUGUUUGCUUGUUUUGUUUUGAGCCGAUCAGUCAUGAAUUGGCUACGUUUUCUAGAUGCUUUGUGGAUGUGUUGUUUGACUGUUGUGUUAAAUUAUUUACUGAAAGCGGAACGAUAUAUGAUAUGUUCACUAGAGAAAGCGAACCUCAUAAAGGACAAAAUGAAUAUUUUUGUGUUCGCUAUACCUAUACUUUAUUUUUACAGGUUACAAAAAGUGUUGAGAUAUCAACCGACCCCGACAGCUUUUUACAAAAAUUAAUAGGUAGGUGGAUUCACUCUGUUACCUAACCUCUUGUAUCUGGUGACCCACUCCUGCUUGUAACACACACCUCCAGGUGUGAGAGGUGGUGUUUUGUAUCUUUACUGUAUUCAGUGAUGUGCAUUUCAAAUAUUGUUUCCUGUCAAUAUGACACAUGAUGAACAUUACAUCCAUUGUGAAGUAGUGAAUAAAAACCCAAGUGCUCUCUAAA